AUGGCUAAAAUAAGACCUUAGUAUAUUUAAGAAUUUAAUAAAAGCUUUGAACGUUCUCCGUAACCAAAAUUUAAUAAAAAUAAGGUUCUGAAGAUGAAAUUAAAAACUUCUCAUCUGAAUACUGAAGAAACAGGAAGAAGUUUUAAGAAUAAUUUAAACAAACUUGAUUAAACAAGAGACUAACUAUUAGACGAGCUCAAUGACUCAUCAAAAAUAGAAUUUUCCAAUUAGAAUUCAGAAAGCUUUGAAUAUGAUACUGAUGAUAAUCAGCAAAAUUUAAAUUAAAAGAAACUAUAAAUUUUCAAGAAAAUAACAGAGAAAAGCGCUUUGAAAAAUGAAUUGGAAGAUAAUGAAGGUGUAAUUGUUAUACAGAGAAAUAAAACACAAUUUAUGAUUAGAGAAAAAGCUAAAAGAAAAGGUAAAAAUGCGCUUGAACUAUUAGAAUUAAAAAGCUCAAUUUUCAACAAAUCUUAGCAAAGAAAAAAGUAGCACAGGUCUGAAAUAAAUCAAUUAGAUAUUAAAAUGGAAGAAUUAGAUAAUUCAGAGCCUGAAACCGAAGAUGAUAUUAACAAAUAAUAAGUUCAAUAAUUGUAGGAUGAAUUUAACUCGUUUUAAUCGUUCAACUCAAAGAGCUAAUUGAGAUAAACUCUAAAGACUGAAUCAUUAGAAUAAUAAGAUUAAGAUAUCUAUAGAGAAUAAUCAAUAAUUAAUAAAAAAAUUAUAGUUCAGCAAGCUCAAAUUAAAUUUAGUUCCAGUAAAUCUCAAUUGGCACCUUCGGAAAAUCCAAUAAAAACAUCAGUUGAUAGAGAUAACUAAUACUAAAGUAUCCUUCAAGAGAAUAAGGCAAUUCAUGUGUUUUAAGAUGCUGAUAAAAUCAAAGGUGAUAGUUUAGGAGAUAUAAGAAACUAUUCAAAUCAUCAAAUUAGAUUUACAACUGAUAGCAAGAAGGAAGAAGAAAGCCAGAUUAUUGAUUUCUAAUAGAAUAGCUAUUGCACACAAAAUGAGGGAGAUUUUUCUCCAUUGAUGAAUGCUGAUAUAAUAAAAAUAGGUGCUUUUGAUAAAAAGUCAUAAAAUUUUGAGAAAUUAGCAUCAGAUGAUAUUAUUUAAGGAAAUGAUAAUGAUGAUAAUAAAGAAUAUGAGGAAGAUAAUUAGAGUGUGAGGGCCAAAGAGGCUUGGAUUUUAGAAAUAGAAAAUGAACUUGAAGAUUCUAGUUAUGAGUAGAAUGAUGAAGAUAACGAUGAUAAUUAUGAGGCUUAAGAUUUAAAUAAUGAUUAAAAUAUCGAACAAAAUUGGAAAGAUUUAAAUAAUUGA